AUGUCGUUUCAGUACCUGGGAUUUGCAACGCACGUACCCAGGAUUGACCCGUCAUUGACCAUUUACAUUGCCAUAUCCGUUGCUUGCUUCGUGCCUGUUCUACUCUGGGGAUUACUCAAAGCAUCAUGUCUACACAGCCGGCAACACAAGCCCCAAGGUUGCCGCAAGCUUGGAUUGGGCGGCAAAAGCUACCUGGCCGAUGAACUUGAUGAGCGAUACAAGGGUGCCGUGGCGGGGCAACAUAAAGGUUCAGCUACAUGGAGAGUCAAGAGCUUGUGGAUAUACCCGGUCAAAAGUUGCCGAGGCGUGGAACUUGAAACGGGAACGGUGAUUGGCACGGGCAUGGAAUACGACCGUCAAUUCUCUUUUGCACAGCUAUCCAGCAAGUUCCCAGUGAGCGCCAAAACACCCCGGGAAGAGAAGGCGACGCACACUUGGAAGUUCAUCACCCAGAGGACUCUCCCACCAAUGGCUACAAUCAAGACCGAGGUCUGGGUGCCCGACUCGUCUUCCCCAACGUACUCGGAAUGGCAUCCGAACAUUCGGAGUGGAGGUGUCCUUGUCAUCAAAUUUCCUCAUAUCCAAUGCGAGGAAGGUUUCAUGGGAAAAGUCAAAGAUCUUCUGGCACUGGUGUUUGCGCAGCCCGAGAGGGAGGUCCAUAUACCGUUCAAUCCCACACAAGAGCAGAUCUCUGACAAGGGCUACGCGGUCGACGAUAUGGAGAUAUGGAAAGACAAACCCAGGUCGCUCAUUAUUGCCAGUACGGAGAAGGAGGACCGCUGGAUACAAGAGCUUCGAUCAUACCUUGGAAUCACAAAUCACUUUGCUCUCUUUCGAGUGUCAAAGGACGACCAGCCAAGAGAAGUCUACCGAUGUGCACCUCGGAAGGAUAAGCUUGGUUACCAGCCAGCAGUAGGCUUCCAGGAUGCCUACCCACUACAUAUCUUGAACCUCGCAAGUGUUCGUGACGUUGGGGAUAAGCUUCAACAGGGCGCUCCACCACUCAGCGCUCGAAACUUCCGACCCAACAUCGUCAUCACGGGAGGUGGCGCGUAUGAAGAAGACUGUUGGAAGCGGAUCAGGAUAGGAGUUUAUCAAUACUACGUCUCCUGCCGGACCGUACGUUGUCUGCUGCCGAAUGUCAAUCCCGUCACCGGUAAGAGGCACGGCUCGGAGCCAAAUAGGACGUUGAAAGACUUUCGAUGCAUCGACGCUGGAGACCCGAGGAACGCGUGUCUGGGGAUGCAGAUGGUUCCGGCAUCGGAGGACAGCAGAAUCAAGGUUGGCGACGAAGUCAACGUGUUAGAGACCGGGGAGCAUCUUUACAUUAAACAGUGA